CUAUACUAUACAAAGUUACAACUCUAGUUUUUUUAAGUAUGGUGAACGAAUGAAACCUUUGUUUACGUGUCGAGAGAAUUGUAUUUAAUUUCGGAUAUUUCCAAUAUAUUUUACAAUUUCAAUUUAUGGAAUUUAUUCACGGUAACCGAAUUCAAGAAUAUUCUAUUGGAAUACUUUGAUUUCAUAUUCAUUGGAAAUGAAUAACGGGGAUAUAGGUGGCUCUAGAGGUAGAGGCCGUGGUUGGCAGCAACCUGAAAAUCCUCCAAAGGAAUUACGCCGACCUAAAAUUACGACUGAGGAGUCUAAAGUUGAAGCACCAAAAUCUAACCUAUCAGCUGAUGCAAAGGAAUGGUAUCCAGCCAAUUAUGUCCCACAGUCUCCAGUGAUAUACUCACAAGAUAAUUCACAGUAUAGGCUACCUCGCUUUUCGGUUCAGGACCGUUUGAGACAAGCACAAGAUCAAAAUGCUUAUAAUCUUGGAGAGCUAUCUAAUUCUCUCGACGAACAAGAAAAUGUGGAUCUGCGGGAGCAAAUAGCAUACCUGAUAACAGUUAUGUGUGAGAUAACAUUUGACCCAGGCAAAUUCGACAUUCUCUGCGGUUCCAUAAUUGAUUUGUUUGCAUCUAACUUGCAUGAUGCAAAUUACUCACGUCCUUUAGUGGAAGCCAUUGUCAACCAGUCAAUAGGUGAAGCCAACUUCCGGUACAAUGGGGCAAGGCUGUGUUCAAUGUAUGAUUCAGUUGCUACACCAGAAGAAUCAACAUUCCGAACAUGCUUGCUUGAGAGAUGUUCUGCAGAAGAGAACAAGAUCAUAAGUGGCGUGGAAACCUCAGAGGAGAACAUGCGUGGCUUUGCUAUGUUCUUGGCUGAAAUAUAUACCCAACUUGAGGAUAGUCAGGGUGGACGGCUGAAAACUCUUGGUGAAAGUCUCUGCAAGGUGUUGCUACACUUAUUGGAUACAGACAAGGAGGUCAACAUAAAAGCUGUAUGCCAGUUAUUAAAACUAUCGGGUAUAGCACUGGACGCGGACUGUCCAGCCGGUAUGCACGCUGCGUUCGAGCGUCUAAAGCGUCGUUCACACUUGGCGUGCGUGCGCGGCGUGUUGGCGCUACGGGCCGCCCGCUGGGGCCUCGCCGAGCCUGACCCGCUUCCGGGCCGACGUCAGAAUGGGUUAAUCAACCCAGAGGGAGGCUAUUUGGCGGAUGGUGCUGCCCUCACUGCCGAGGAGUGCGCCUUUCUGCAGAAUAACCUGCCCAAUAAGCCCGUGCCCAUCGAAGACGACAUACUUGACGAACUGGAGAGCGAUUCAUGGGAAACAGGAAUGGAUGCUGAAAUGCAGGCUGGUUUCCUUGAGUUUCUGAAGCUGUCCAAUCAGAUCAAACGAUAACUGAUGUCAAACGAACCGCUUCCGGGUCAGACCAUUCAUUAUAAGACAAAAGAAAAAAAUUAUAAAAUAUAAAACUACAAAAAUACCGCUGUCAUACUUAGCACACAGCAUGGCAAUAAUAAGUACACUGGCAGAAUUAAUUAAUACGCUUGUAACAUUAAAUAUCCAUCAUGUUUUAUCAUGAAUACUUAACUCUUGAGUAUUAGUUGCAGUAGCUACACAGUGGCUUUGCAUGAACUAUGGCUAAUAAAUUAAUUGUAUAGUUUAAAUCAAAUCUACUCAUGCAGUUCAAUUGUUGAACUAUAAAUGAAUUUUUAAUAAAAAUAUUCAAAUGUGGAUGUAAGCUCUUGAAUGUGUCACAUAAUUACCAUGAGAACCGUAGUGACCGAACUACAUUUUUGUCAAUAUUUAGUUAAUAAUAUUUCUAACAGUUAAAAUUUAUCAUUUUGGUAGAACCAGCAAUUUAAUAACUUUAUGGCCAACAUUCUACAAAAUUUAUCAAUUUUAAGGGUUAGAAAUCAUAAAGUUUAGUAUUGUAAAAAUGGAGUUUGCCACUAUGACUUUCAGUCUCGAUUAGAAAUGAAGUUAACAUAGAAAUUUGAUGUGCUACUUUUUUGUAGUAGUAAUUUAAUAAUAGUUUGUCGAGAAAUGUAAUUUUUGAAUGUAGCUAAAUGGUAGAUUUGUUGUGGGUCGUAUUAGACUAAUUCUAGCUUAAAACAGAAUGAUUCUUAUGAAAGCAAUUGUACAAGUAAAUGUGUAAUAAACUGCAACAUAACUACUUCCCUAUAUUCUUAGAUUUGGUCUGAAUUCCGAAGACAUUUCAUAUUUUUGACUGUUAGUUGUAAUUAUUUUAUUGUAUCACAUAAAUAAAUUGUUUCUUUGGAUAAAUUAGUGUGGGGGCUAAAUGUAAACAAGUAUAAUUUAUGUGUUUGAUGUGAGACAAUUGUAAGGAUUCAAUAUUACAAUUAUGAACAUUUUGGAACUGGACUUUACAGUUUAAACAAAAAAAUAUUUCAUUUAAAACACUAUUCAGUCCAAUCCUCAUAGGAUUUCUCAUUGGUAAACCUUCAAUACUUUGCUCAGAUAGUAAUUCUAGCAUUAACAAUGAACAAAAACGAAGAUUUAAAUCUGUGGUAUGGUUUACUUAUAUAACUGUGUAGGUCACCCUUCAUCAACUAAAAUGCCUACAACAUUGUGAUUCCUCUGAAGUGAUCAUCUCCUACCACAUGAACCAUAUUUUGAUUUUUCCUCGUAUGCAAUAAAAAGUUUACAAUCAAUUUGAAUAAUUAAUUUUCUCUUAAAUAAAUAUAAAAGCUUUUGUUUUAAUAAAAUUAACAGUCCUUGGUCUUGAAUGUGGCAAAGACGUGAAGUGAUGUCACAGAGGCAAAGACCACACAGUGUGUACCUACACAACUUAUUUGUAAAACAAUUUAACAGAUCAAAAAUAUAAUUUUACCUUUAAGAUAUAAAGGAGCACAGAAUAACACGGAGAAAGUAACACAAACACAGCAUAUUUUAAGGUAAAAAUCAAAAUCUUAUAAUAUUAUUCAAAAAUUUAAUAUUAGGAAUAUGUACUCAAUGUUAAACUGCAAAGAGUAGUUCCAUAACUUUUGCCAUUGUUUGGAAGCCAUUGCUUGUUUACAUUUUGUCUGUAAGUAAUCAUAAUUAUUAUAAAUUUUAUUUAGUGAUCUCAUUAUUGUACCAUUUAUUUUGUCUGAUAAAGUUUGACCAACACCUUUGACUACCACUGUAAUGAAUACAAUUAUCAACUAAUCAAUAUUUCGUAACUGGUUUAACUGAACCAUUAUUCUAUUGGGGCUCCAAGAAGACUUAACAAACCACCACUGACCUUUUAUAAAGCUAUAAAGAAUGCAUUCACCGAACUACAAAAUGUUUAUAUGCAACCAACACCCGGUGAAAUCAUCAUUGGUGUGGUAUUGAUUCUUCUAGGAAUUGAUAUCUUGGACAUCAAAACAAACCUUUUAUAACAACAUUAUUUGUAGCAGUGAAUUUCAAAACAAAAAAUUAAUGCAACAAUAAUUAUGUUGUUGUAUAGUAUGCCUACCUUCCGCUUUGGUACCGAUAGUUUACUUAUAAGCUUUUGACAUUCGUUUAUAGCCUGGUAUAGAAAUAUCUAGAAAUAACAGUGAAAACAAAUGUGUCUUAAAUAAAGUUAUCAGAAUAUUAUUACUGUUAAGAUUUACAACCUGGCAUUUACGGUUUCAAAUUAUAUUUAUGUUAUAUUAUUUCUAUCCUCAUCUAACCACCAAACAACUAAAUAAUAUAAUAUGUGGAUACGAAACUAGUUUUCUACAUGAAAAUACUCUAGUUUUCGGGGGUUCUUACUAUUUUUUUUUAAUUAAUUGUUUUAUUGCCAUGGGUUCAAACCCUUUAAGUUAAUAUUGCCAUCAUAGAGCUAUCCACAUACAAAUCAUGUUCAUAAGAUCUUCCGUAAUUUAAAUAUUUUAUAGAAUGAUUGAUUGGUUUUCGGCACAGACAAGCAAAAAAAUUAUGUUUUUUUUUCUUGGGUAACACAGUGUAAUCGUUGUAUGUAUGCUAAAUAAUUAUGAACAACUAAAUGCCAAAAUAUUUCAAUGUUGUGUAUGUCCUAAAGACACGAAUGAUCAUAUUAUAUUUUAUUGAAUUGUGUGGUGGACGUAAAUCACAAUGUUGCUAUUUUAUCAUAAUAAUAUGUCUACAGUCUCUCCAUUGCCCACGUCAUUUACGUUUUACGAAUAAUAAAUUUUUGUACUAUUGAAUUAAUAUUAUUUGAAGCUAUUAUUAGGCAGAUAUUUAUAAUAUUUCAUUGUAUUUUCGUUGCAGUGAUAUUAUGAAUGUUAUAAGAAUAAAUGGAUAUUUUAAUAAAAGUCAUUUAAAUAAA